CGCUGCGGCUUCAGCUCCAAGCUGUCAUAAUGUAAUUAAACAGAAACCAGAAGCAUAAGGACAGAGGAAGGAAACAUGUCAUGUGCUCAAUCUGAGGCAGUCCUAGCAGCGGCAGCAUCAAGUCAUUAAGUCAGACUGCACCAUUUUUAUUCCUACUCUGCGAUGAGGUGCUUGUGGAAUUUAAAGGAGAUCCUCCUCCCCUGCUGACUUCUUGGAGGUGGCCUCUUCCUGGCUGUAGUCAGAAGACGCAAGCUGUAUUGAAAGGUCCCAGCAGACCUUUUUGGUUUGGCGAGGGGUUAAAGGAUGGACUAUCAGCUGGUCUGAAGCUCCCAUUUCUGUACAGUCAGUGAAUAUCCUGGACCAUGCCAAUGUGAAAGGAGCAGAGCCUGACAUUUUUUUGUCCCCCUCCCCAUCUUUGUCAUUGACACCUGCUAGGUGUUAGGUGUACCUGUUAUACUCUCUGGUCUGAUGGGCCCUGCUGCAUAUGGACAUAAGCUGUGAUUUAUCUGUGGAUUGGAGGAUUACAGCGGAAAGUUCUCGCUGACAUCCAUAGACUUAGGGGGAGGAAAAAAAAAAAAAAAAGGAGAAAAGCACUGGAUUUUUAUUCCUGAGUCCUUGAAGCUGGUUCUUGCCUGAUCAAAAUGGCUCAUGGUGCUGCUUCUAUUAAAAAAAUACGAGACCUGGAACUGCCUCCCAUUGAAGAGAAGGCAAAGGAAAAAGAGAGGAGAAGACGUAAGGUCCCCAGGGAUCGAAAACAUAAGUCGGACAGCAAUACUAGCUUCCUCAAAGCUGCGCGAUCAGGCAAUUUGGAUAAGGUACUGGAGUACCUAAAAGGAGGAGUAGACAUCAAUACGAGUAAUCAGAAUGGACUCAAUGCUUUACAUCUUGCUUCCAAAGAGGGUCAUCUCUAUCUUGUGCAGGAACUCUUGGAAAGAGGAUCUGCAGUGGACUCUGCAACUAAGAAAGGGAACACAGCACUGCACAUUGCAUCACUCGCUGGACAGGUAGAAGUCGUCAAGACUCUUACCAAGCAAGGAGCCAAUAUUAAUUCCCAGUCUCAGAAUGGAUUUACCCCUCUGUACAUGGCUGCCCAAGAAAACCAUCUUGAAGUUGUGAAAUAUUUACUUGAAAAUGGGGCCAAUCAGAGCACAGCCACAGAGGAUGGCUUCACUCCACUGGCUGUUGCUCUGCAGCAAGGACAUAACAUGGUGGUUGCUAUUCUUUUGGAGAAUGAUACAAAAGGGAAGGUUAGACUGCCAGCUCUGCAUAUUGCAGCCAGGAAGGAUGACACAAAGUCUGCAGCCCUCUUACUUCAGAAUGACCAUAAUGCUGAUGUGCAAUCAAAGAUGAUGGUGAAUAGGACGACAGAGAGUGGUUUUACACCUUUGCACAUUGCUGCUCAUUAUGGAAACGUCAAUGUCGCAACGCUUUUGCUGAACAGAGGAGCUGCCGUAGACUUCACAGCAAGAAAUGGAAUAACCCCAUUGCACGUGGCCUCCAAAAGAGGAAAUACAAAUAUGGUGAAAUUAUUGAUUGAUCGGGGAGGACAAAUUGAUGCCAAAACCAGGGAUGGACUUACACCACUACACUGUGCAGCACGAAGCGGACAUGAUCCUGCUGUAGAGCUGCUUCUAGAGAGAGGAGCCCCACUACUUGCAAGGACCAAGAAUGGACUGUCUCCACUUCACAUGGCAGCUCAAGGAGACCACGUGGAAUGUGUAAAACACCUGCUACAGCAUAAGGCGCCUGUAGAUGAUGUCACCCUGGAUUACCUGACAGCUCUGCAUGUUGCAGCCCAUUGUGGACAUUACAGAGUGACCAAACUUCUUCUUGACAAGAGGGCAAACCCUAAUGCCCGUGCCCUGAAUGGUUUUACUCCAUUGCACAUUGCCUGCAAGAAAAACCGUAUCAAAGUUAUGGAACUGCUAGUGAAAUAUGGGGCUUCAAUCCAGGCUAUAACUGAGUCUGGUCUCACUCCAAUACAUGUGGCUGCUUUCAUGGGCCACUUGAACAUAGUCCUCCUUCUGCUGCAGAAUGGAGCCUCUCCAGAUGUCACUAACAUUCGAGGAGAGACCGCAUUGCAUAUGGCUGCUCGUGCUGGGCAGGUUGAAGUGGUCCGUUGCCUUCUCAGGAAUGGUGCGCUGGUGGAUGCCAGAGCUAGGGAGGAGCAGACACCUCUCCACAUAGCCUCUCGUUUAGGCAAAACCGAAAUUGUCCAGCUUUUACUGCAACAUAUGGCUCACCCAGAUGCUGCUACCACAAAUGGAUACACCCCACUUCAUAUCUCAGCCCGAGAGGGACAGGUGGAUGUGGCAUCAGUCUUAAUAGAAGCCGGAGCUUCUCACUCCAUGCCUACCAAGAAGGGAUUUACGCCAUUGCAUGUGGCUGCUAAGUAUGGAAGCCUAGAUGUGGCCAAACUUCUACUACAACGCCGGGCGCCCCCAGAUUCUGCUGGCAAGAAUGGGCUCACACCCCUCCAUGUUGCCGCUCACUAUGACAACCAGAAGGUGGCGAUGUUGCUACUGGAAAAGGGAGCUUCUCCCCAUGUCUCAGCCAAGAAUGGUUAUACACCUCUGCAUAUAGCUGCCAAAAAGAAUCAAAUGCAGAUAGCCACGACAUUACUAAACUAUGGGGCAGAGACCAACAUCCUAACCAAGCAAGGAGUCACCCCACUUCAUCUGGCAGCCCAGGAGGGACACGCUGACAUGGUUAAUCUUUUGCUGGACAAGCAAGCUAAUAUUCACGUUGGCACUAAGAAUGGACUGACUCCAUUGCACCUCGCAGCCCAGGAGGACAAGGUGAAUGUAUCUGAAAUACUAGCAAAACAUGGGGCCAAUCUAGAUGCUCAAACCAAGCUGGGUUACACACCACUAAUUGUAGCCUGUCACUAUGGAAACAUAAAGAUGGUGAACUUCCUUCUGUCGCACGGAGCUGGUGUCACUGCUAAAACAAAGAAUGGCUACACACCGUUACAUCAAGCUGCUCAGCAAGGCCACACACACAUUAUAAAUGUGCUGCUGCAAAAUGGUGCAAAGCCCAAUGCCACUACUUCGAAUGGCAACACUGCCCUCGCGAUUGCCAGGCGACUGGGAUACAUCUCGGUGGUGGAUACGCUGAAGGUUGUCACAGAGGAGAUAGUCACCACAACCACUACUGUGACCGAGAAGCACAAGCUGAAUGUGCCGGAGACUAUGACCGAAGUCCUGGAUGUCUCCGAUGAGGAAGCUUUUAAAUUAUUUUCUGGUGACCUCUUGUCUGAUGAAGAACUUCUGAGUAUACAAGGAGAUGACACAAUGACUGGAGAUGGAGGAGAGUACCUGCGACCUGAAGAUUUGAAGGAGCUAGGAGAUGAUUCACUGCCAAGCAGUCACUUUCUGGAUGGAAUGACCUACCUGAGGUACAGCUUAGAAGGUGGACGCUCAGACAGCACCAUGCCUAGCCUGCGAUCCUUCAGUUCAGACAGGUCCCACACAAUGAGUCCACACUUGUAUCCAAGGGGUAGUGCCAUCAUAGACGACUCUGUCAUCAUACCCCAUGACCAGGUCUCAUACUUAACAAAGACAGAACAGAACUCCUAUCGUCUCAGCUGGGGGAACGACAACCUGGAUAACGUGGCGCUGUCCUCCAGCCCCAUCCAUUCUGGCCGCAUAUCUCCUUGUCUUGACCGAGACCACAGCAGUUUCCUAGUUAGCUUCAUGGUGGAUGCCCGUGGAGGUGCCAUGAGAGGUUGCAGGCAUAAUGGACUAAGAAUCAUUAUUCCUCCUCGGAAAUGCACAGCCCCUACAAGAGUGACAUGCCGCUUGGUUAAGCGUCAUCGAUUGGCUACUAUGCCUCCCAUGGUGGAAGGAGAAGGCCUUUCCAGUCGACUUAUUGAAGUUGGGCCUUCUGGAGCUCAGUUCCUUGGGCCAGUGAUUGUGGAGAUCCCUCAUUUUGCGGCACUGCGUGGAAAAGAGCGAGAGCUUGUCAUACUGCGUAGUGAGACUGGUGACAACUGGAAAGAACAUUUUUGUGAAUUCACGGAGGAUGAACUUAAUGAGAUACUUAAUGGGAUGGAUGAAGUUCUUGAUCCACCUGAAGAACUGGAAAAAAAACGGAUUUGCCGUAUUAUCACUCGAGACUUUCCGCAGUAUUUUGCAGUGGUUUCUCGUGUGAAACAGGACAACAACUUGAUUGGACCCGAGGGAGGAAUUCUCAGCAGCACUGUGGUCCCUCAAGUACAAGCCGUCUUCCCAGAAGGUGCACUUACUAAGAGAAUCCGUGUUGGCCUUCAGGCCCAGCCAAUGCAUGUAGAACUAGUGAAGAAGAUACUAGGCAACAAAGCAACAUUCAGUCCUAUUGUAACACUGGAACCAAGAAGAAGGAAAUUCCACAAGCCUAUAACAAUGACUAUUCCGGUUCCAAAGGCCUCUAGUGAAGCGAUGCUGAAUGGAUAUGGUGUUGAUACACCUACACUACGGUUACUAUGCAGUAUAACUGGUGGUACUACCCCUGCACAAUGGGAAGACAUCACCGGGACAACACCACUUACGUUUGUUAAUGAAUGUGUCUCUUUUACUACUAAUGUAUCUGCAAGGUUCUGGUUAAUAGACUGCCGACAAAUUCAAGAGUCUGUUACUUUUGCCAGCCAAGUGUACAGAGAAAUUAUAUGUGUACCUUAUAUGGCCAAAUUUGUUGUGUUUGCCAAAUCCCAUGACCCUAUUGAAGCUCGUCUGAGAUGUUUCUGUAUGACUGAUGACAAAGUAGACAAGACACUGGAACAACAAGAAAACUUUGCAGAAGUUGCUAGGAGCAGAGAUGUAGAGGUGCUGGAAGGAAAACCAAUCUACGUGGACUGCUUUGGCAACUUAGUACCCUUAAUAAAGAGUGGUCAACACCACAUAUUUAGUUUCUACGCCUUUAAAGAAAAUAGACUUCCAUUUUUUGUCAAGGUACGAGAUACAACCCAGGAACCAUGUGGACGCCUUUCUUUCAUGAAGGAGCCAAAAUCUUCUAGAAGCCUUGUGCAACAAGCCAUUUGCAAUCUAAAUAUCACUUUACCACUUUAUAAUAAGGAAUCUGAAUCAGAUCAAGAACUUGAAGAUGAGGGAAAUGUAACAUCUGAGAAAAAUGAUGAAGAAACAGAAUCCACAGAAACUUCCAUCCUGAAAAGCCAUCUGGUCAAUGAUGAGCCAGUAUUAGCGAGUCCAGAUUUGCUGUCUGAAGUGUGUGAAAUGAAGCAAGAUUUGAUAAAAAUGAGUGCGAUUCUAACUGUUGAUGCUGCCCAAAAGCCAUGUUCUGUUAAAAAUAAAGACUUUGAAAGAACGGAAGAGGAUCCAGGAGAACCGUUUGAAAUUGUUGAAAAGGUCAAAGAAGAUCUGGAAAAAGUGAAUAAAAUUCUCAGAACUGGAACUUAUACUAGAGAAGAAUUGUUACACGAAAAAGCUCACUCUUCAAGAUCAUAUAAAACAGAUGAGGAAUGGGUUGUUGUAGGAGAUGAUGAAAUUGAAGAAGCCAAACAAAAUGCCAUUGAGGAUACUGCAGAAACACCAUGCAUAGAAAUAAGACUAGACCGAGGGGAGAUACCUAAAAUAAAAACAGGCAUACAUGACAUGGUGAAUUAUCUUACAAAAGACCUGAACUCUUACUCAGCUGAUUCUGCCACGCCUAGUGGAAUUGAAACACAGAAAACAGAGCAACGUAAACUUCCACUGGAAAUCAAGAAGCCUGUCCGCAGGAAACUUAGGGAAAGAAAACAAGUAGAAGAACUCAAUGGUAAAGGGGAACCAUUGGGACUAACAACAUUUAGUUCAGAAGAGUCACUAGAUGAUGACAUUGGCCUUACAGCAGCUCCUGCUCCAAGUGUAAAAGAAGUUUCACCAGUGAUUGAAGAAACACCAAUCGGAUCAAUAAAAGACAAAGUCAAAGCUCUUCAGAAACGAGUUGAAGAAGAGCAAAAGGGCCUUUCAGGCAUAUCAAGCAAAACACAGUUCAAGGAGAUUGUUUGUGAGCCUACCAAGCAACAAGCUGUAGUCACUGUAGUGCAGCCACCCGUUUCACCAUCUUCUAAAACUGAAAAGUUGGAAGAAACUAUGUCUGUUCGUGAAUUAAUGAAAGCGUUUCAGUCAGGACAUGAUCCAUCUAAGGAGAGAUCAGGACUUUUUGAGUACAAAACAGUAAAAACAGUGCAAAGGGAAGUAUCAGUAGAAAGUAAAUCAAUAGACAGUACAAUCCUAACAUCAGAUAUUAAACUGAUAGAUAAUUAUGUAAAAGAAAGUUUAACUUCUAGUGAAGGAGAGCAAAAAUCCCCCAAAAGACAUGUUAAAUUAAUGUCAAUCUCUGAUGAUCAAAACGAAUUCAAUAAAAGUCCCAUUUUGCCCCCUAUUGAUAUUAAAGAGGUAGUGACUCAGGUCCAUAUAACAGAUGAACCUGUCUGUACAGUCAUAGAUGAUGAAAUCUCUAGUGAACAGUCAAAUAUAAGGUUAAGAGUUAGCAUUAGUGACCAAGAUGCCGAUCCACAAAUUAGCCCUGACAGAAAAACAUCCACAGACUUUUCAGAUGUUAUUAAAGAAGAGCUGGAGGAUAAUGACAGUUAUUUACAAUUUAAGCAUCUUCCAGAAACUGAAGGUGUUCAGUUAAAUUUAGAUCAAGUACUUAUUAGUCCAUUUAAUGUAUCAUUUCCUUCUGAAUAUGGAACAGAUGGCUUUCUACCAGCUGUACAUUUACAAGGUAGUACAUAUGAUGAUAGCUCAGAUAGUCUUAAGCAUGAAGGGAUGGCAGAUUCUCCAAGUGGAAGCUUAUUGGAUGGAACACCGCACAUGAGCUCAGAAGACAGCUACAAGCAUGAAUGUCUAGCAGAGACACCAGGAACAAGCCCCGAAAGCCUUUCAUUUUCACCAAAGAAACCUGAAGAUCAGAUUGGUAAUGAAUGUAAAGCAGAAAAAGCAGAUGUACAUGACACUAAAUCUGUUAGUGAAACUACAAAUAAAGAUAAGAAAUUGGCUGUUGAAGACAACAACAUCAAAACACACAUAUCUGAAGUUCACAGUGAUGAAAAAUCUAUAGACACUGAAAAAUCUCCUCUGGAAUGUAAAGAUUCUCCAAUGAAAGGUGAACAUCAUGUAACUUUGAAAAGCCCUCAAGGACUAGAAUUAAUCCUGUCCACCAAAUAUAUUCAAGAUGAUGAGGUCAGUAGUCCAGCAGCAGAUGAAUCAGUAGCAAUUAGUCAUAAGGAUUCAUUGGAAGCAAGCCCAGUGUUAGAAGAUAACUCUUCACAUAAAACUCCUGAUUCAUUAGAACCGAGUCCAACAAAAGAAUCGCCAUGCCGUGACUCGCUUGAGAGUAGUCCAGUGGAGCAAAAAAUUAGGUCUAGUAUCUUCAUAGGGUCAGCAUUUCAUGCUAAUCUGAAAUCAGACCUGGCAUCAGAGUUGGCUCUUCGUUCUAGAAUUCUCAGAGAUCCAGAUGGAAGUGCUGAGGAUGAUAGCAUAGAACAGACAUCCCUCAUGGAAAGCUCUGGCAAAAGUCCACUUUCUCCAGAUACCCCCAGUUCUGAGGAGAUAAGUUACGAAGUUACACCAAAACUACAAGACUUGCAGGCUUUCUCUACCCUUCCAAAGGCAUGUAUAAUUCCAGAAGUUUCUGAAGAAGCAGAAGAUGAUUCUGAAAAUGAGCCAAAGAAAAGAUUCACACCUGAAGAAGAAAUGUUUAAAAUGGUAACAAAGAUAAAAAUGUUUGAUGAGCUUGAGCAAGAAGCAAAGCAGAAAAGAGACCAUAGAAAAGAACUCAAGCAAGAAGAAUGUAUGUCAGUAAGCGACACAAAAAAAUCAGUUGAUGACAUUGAAGAGAAUGGUAUUAAAAUAGUGCACGGUGAAGAUGUUCAAAUUGUAGUCAAGUCUGUAGAAAGUAGAAAAAGUAGUUCUUCUUCAGAAAGUGAACCAGAAUUAACCCAGUUGAAAAAAGGAGCAGACUCUGGUCUAUUGCUGGACCCUGUGAUAAGAGUUCAGCCUCCAUCUCCACUACCGCCAAGCUUAGAUUCUAAUUCAAGCCCAGAGGACACAGCUUUUCAGCCAAUUAAACUUGCUCAGGACUUAUUCAAGACAGAGGAGCUCCAGUCCGAUGAUAGUCAUAGCCAAAAUAUAGAACAAGGGGAAAAGUGUAGGUUUGAAAGCUCCAGUUCCGAAGAGAUAGUUCUGACUACCGAGUCUGAACCUAAAGAGAUUGGCAUUCUGCCAUCUAUGACAAGAGCAGAUGUAAAUGAAAAAAUAAGUACAAGUAGGCCAACAGCACACAAUAUUACAGAUAGUAGCACCCUAGUUCAUAAUGUGGAAGACACAAAUGAAAGUGCAUCUGAUUUUACACAACAAAACAAAAUAGAAAAAGAUCCUAUAGCUUCUUAUGAUGCAUCUGUCAGUGAACAAAUUUACCAGAAACAUGCUUCAACAUAUCCAGUACAAAAUGAUGCAUCUACAGUUGAUGAAAAGGAUACAACUAUAUCAUUUGUUUCAUCAUCAUCAGUGGUUCAGACCGAUUUCUAUCAAACAUCUAUAUCAUCAAGAUCACAAAAUGACUUUGAGCAUGAAACUAAUGAAAUCACGAGUCCAUAUGAAAAUGUCCCAAUAGAACAUUUUUUUACCAGUAAUGAUUUUACUGAAGAACCUGUACAUGACAUAAGCAAGGCCCAAAGUCUAUCAAGUGUUAAAGAUGAGGAUAACUUCCAACAGGAGAAAGAUGCACCAAGAUGUUCCUUAACAGAUGAUGCAUGUUUUAAAACGGAUGCCUUACUAAGCAAAACCACUGAACAUCAAAGUGAGCACAUUAUUAUAACUAAAUCUGAAGCUGAACCAGACUCGUGGAGUUCCAUCAGAGAAGACGAUGCAGCUUUUGAAGCACGUGUUAAAGAAGAAGAGCAAAAAAUUUUUGGAUUAAUGGUAGAUAAACAAUCACAGGGAACUACACCUGAUACCACUCCAGCACGCACACCCACGGAAGAGGGCACCCCAACUAGUGAACAAAAUCCCUUUAUGUUUCAGGAAGGGAAACUCUUUGAGAUGACCCGAAGUGGAGCUAUAGAUAUGACUAAAAGAAACUAUGCAGAUGAAAGUUUUCACUUCUUCCAAAUAGGACAGCAGUGUGCAGAAAGUGUGCCAGAGGACAUCAAAGAGGAAAGUGGAGAAGAAGAGUCACCAAAUCCUGAGAGUUUAUCAGAUCCCUUUUCUGUUGUAGAAACAGAUGUAACAGAAAGUGAAUUACAAGAUUCAACAGAAUCCAUGUUUGAUAACCAGUCAGUUGUUGAAUUUGAAGUGGAUGCUGAUGAUAUAGGGACAGAAACUAGUAAAACAGACCAAAAGUCAAGAAUCCCAAUUAAAAUGGGCAUUUCUGCUUCCUCAAAAACAUCUAAAAAGGAUACUGAAGAGGAACAGUCCCCAAAGGUAUUAAAAACUCAGGAAGGUUCAUUAGAUGGGUCACUAGAUUCUUGGUCACCAUCAUCUGACCAUUCUAUGGUAGAUAUGCAAAUAGAUUUUACCACCCUUCCAAAGUUAGAUGCUUCUGAUCGAGAUGGAUCCCCAGAUUCUUCACCAGAAGAACAGAAGUCUGUAAUUGAAAUUCCAACAGCAGACUUAGAAAAUGGUUCCACUUUUGUAUCAAAGUCCAAAAUUCCUAUAAGGUCUGUUUCUUCAGUAUCUGAAGAAAGUGUACAAAGUUCUAUAUCCACUAAUACUGAAACCAGGUUCGCAAAAGAUAGCAUUACACUUGUGGAAGAUCAAAAGCCAAAGUCCAAGAUACCUGUUAAAACAACAUUAUCUAAAAUAGAACAGACAAUUAAUUUUACAGAUGUGAAAACAUCUGAAUCUAGUAGUAAAAUACCUGUGAAACAAGAUAAUAGAAGUAAAUCUGAGUCUGAUGCUUGUAAAUCAGAUUCCAAAAUAAAAACCACAAAAACAAGAAGCUGUACAGAAUCUCAUUGUGAAAUUUCUGAAAGAUCUAGUCAGGGAGUUGAGGGAGAAAGUUUUGAGAUAACUAAACAAAAGUCAUCAAAACUACCAGUGAAAGCAAAGUGCUUUUCAUCUGCCCAAACAUCAUCAACCACUGAGCAGGAACGUUUCUUUGAAAUGUACAAAAAUUCUAUUGAUUUCUUUGAAGAAAUUAGUGAUGAGGCUUCAAAAUUAGUGGACAGACUUAUCCAGGCUGAAAAGGAACAAGAAACACUAUCUGAUGAUGAGAGCAGUGCAUUUGAUAUUUCAGUCAUUGAAAAUGUUCCAAUGCCUGAAACCCAGCAGCCUGUUCCAGAAGACAUCUUUGAUACCAGACCUAUAUGGGAUGAGUCAGUUGAAACUCAAAUUGAACGUAUUCCAGAUGACCAUAGCCAUGACAGUGCACAAGGUUUUGAGGAGGACCAAGAGAGGACGGAGCAAAGACUUGCCCACAUUGCAGAUCAUCUGGGCUUUAGCUGGACUGAACUAGCCAGAGAGCUGGACUUCACAGAAGAACAAAUUCACCAAAUACGAGUUGAAAAUCCAAAUUCCUUACAGGAUCAGAGCCAUGCAUUGCUUAAAUAUUGGCUUGAAAGAGAUGGAAAACAUGCAACAGACUCCAGUCUGAACGAGUGCCUCACCAAGAUCAACCGAAUGGAUAUUGUCCAUCUAAUGGAAUCGUACAUGAAGGAGCCCAUGCUACGCCAUGCCAACCGCACAUAUGCUGAUAUAGAACAGACAAUAACACUGGAUCAUAGUGAAGGCUUUUCGGUUCUUCAGGAUGAGUUCCCUAGCCCACUGAAGAAGAUCAGUAUUGAUCAAUCAGGAACUCGAGGCAGUGGGAGAGGUGAACAUCCCCCUCUCGUGUCUGAGGAGGACGUUUCAAUCAGUUAUUCAUCCUUCCAUGAAAGCUCAGCCAGGGCUGAAGAUGACAAGUCUGUUGCAGAAAUAAUCCGUCAGCUACAGAAAGAGAAAGUAGAGGCGGACUCCUCAAGGGAAUCACAGGAACUAUCAAGGGCACUGUCUUCUGAGCAAGAAUAUGUUGUUACAUCCCCCGACCUAGAGAAAAAUUUGCAAGAGACAACUGAAGCUGAAGACAGUCUGAAUUGUAAGGAAAUCCCAGAUUCUCCACUUGGAGCAUCUAAAGCUUUAGGUAGACCCUCUUCGGAGACUUCUGUAUCAGACCAGCAUAGCGAUUCACCUAUUGUUCAAGAACCAGAUGAUUUAUCAGAGCAGGAAGAGCAUGGAGCAAACAGAAAUGACCUCUGCAUAGUGGAAUCAUCCGACGAGCAAGCAGACAAAUUGGAGAGGGUCUCGGAAUACAGAUCUUUAGACUCAUUUGAAAAGGAGCUAGCAGAGGAGCUAGGUGAGCUAGAGACGCACUCAGAUGAGGACGAGAUGGUAACUACCAGAGUCGUUCGUCGCCGUGUGAUUAUUCAGGCGGACAAUAUGUCAGACAUCCUUCCUGAAACCGUAACAGAAGAGCAAUACACAGAUGAGCAUGGCCAUAUCGUGGUAAAGAAGGUCACAAGGAAAAUUAUUAGAAGAUUUGUAUUGCCUGAUGGUACAGAAAGUGAAGAAGUAGUGGCACAGGGGGGAUCACAGGAACCAGUGACUAUAGAAGAUGGCGACUCUGUGUCUAAAGUCGUGAAACGCACCGUACUCAAAAGUGACAGUAAGCAGUCUGAGAUCUCAUUCUCUGAGCCAAGAGUUAUAUCAUCAGAAUUUGAAGCUGAACCUGUGGAAGGACGUAAGGUCAGCAAAGUUGUGAAGACCACCAUGGUCCAUGGUGAAAGGACAGAAAGAUAUUUUGGAGACUCUAGUGUAGCAUCUGAUUUACCAUCAGCCAAGGAUGACUUUGAGCAGGCUUUAAGCUAUGUGGGUGGAGAUGUAAAAGUUCACUUGCCAAAUUUAGUGGAAUCAGAGAUUACCAAACAGGAUGGAUCUGUUAUGAAAAGAACAACGAUGACUAAAGCCAGCACACAGAAGAGGACUGUGGUGAAGGACCAGCAUGGGAAACAUGUUUUUGUUGAGCACCUGGAGGAUGUCCCUGAUGUGCUACAGAAGGAUGACCUCCAGACUGACCUUCAGCAACUUCUCAACCGUUUCUGCGGAGAGGACUGGGACAAAAAGGCCAAAUGAGAGGCUGCUGCUUUCUACUUACAACACAUAUCUGUAGUCAAUAUGCAAAAGAUACAUUCUAGUCCAUGCCCAAGGGCCAUGGGUACCAUGCGCAUCGGGUAACACUGGCACUCCUGUCCUGCAAAUGUCAUAAGCAAAAUGAUCAGUUUUUUGUUUGUAAAAUGCAAAGAUAAUUUGUGACCAAAGAUAGCGUCCGUUCCUUUCGGAUGGUAUAUCCUUAUAUUCUCUUUUUAAGCUGAGACAAAUUCAGUUCCCUCUCUCCUACAUGUCAGCUCCGUCCACAGGCCUCUUCAUAGUGUCUGCAAAGACAACCUCAAAAGGAUGGACCAUAGCAUAUUACGUACACAGAGAGAAUGUGCUCGGAGGAUUUGAAGAUACCAGAUGGUACUAUAGGCCUUGAUUUACUUUGCUUAGAAGGAGGCAAAGUAGUGAAUGAAAGAGAUUUGACAAUGAUUUCUGCAUUUAGAACAGAAUUCCAAUGGUCAAUGUGCCGUCAUUACCCCUCCAGGUUAUUCUAGUGUCUACCACUGGAGCUAAGGAAAAAGAAAAUAACCAAAUAAGUAACCAAGUUGCUGCUUAGAAGGCAGGCAUACAAAAUGUUUCAAUAUUGUAAAGUGGACACACACUAGAGUCCUUGCCUACCCCACUGCAGACACGUGUCCACGUCAUUGCCAUAGCAGACCAUAUAGUCCUAUUACUAGCGGAAAUGGCUGCUGAUGGCGGCACUGUAAAUAGUGUUAUGGGACAGGUACUUCCCCCAGUUAAUACUAAAUCACCUUGUUUAUCAGGAUUUCCUAUGGCACAUGCAUGUGGCAUUAAACAAAGAUUAAACUCCUGUAAUCAUGUGUGGAACUUGUUAACCCACUUAGCACUGAGCAAGCAGUUUUCACAAAUGUGUCCUCUUCUCUUUCUGCAUUUUAUUUUUAUGGCAAAAGCUAAAGACACAAUGCAGGUUUCAGUUCUUCUAUUUUUUAUGUUUUUAUGUCGGGACUAAUCCUUGGAAAUGAUUCUAGCAUUUAUGCACUUUUUUUUUUAAAAAGAAGGGAUUAUAAAGAAAAUGGAAAUAUUUUUUGUCUUCUGUACCUUAUUCUUGUGGUUUAAAGUAUGUAGCCUUUUAACGUACAAAUAUAUAUAUAUAUAAAUACAUAUAAGCACUAUACAUUUUAAACCCAUUUAUUUAAUGUAAGUAUAGAUUAGGAAUGGAAAAGAACAAAACACUGCAUUAAUCUCAACACGCUAAUUUAUAAAUAAUACACAGAAAAAAAUGAAAAAAAAUCAUAGAAAAAAACUAAUUAGGCCUUUACUCUUCAUGAUUUCGGGGGGAAAAGACCCACCAAGAGAGUUGAAUGUCAGUUGUAAAUGAAUAGGGUUUCAUUAAAUCCCUUCUAUAGGGUCCUUGGGUUUAUUUAAUGAAAAUGACCUACUGUGUAGCUUCAUUUCUUUCUGGCAGAGACAUUGCUAAAUGACUUUCUCCGCAGGAAAGUCAGGUCACUUACUGUGGCGUCUGGAGGGGAGUCUUGCAGCUAUUGUCAUUUAGGGCUAUCAUGUCCAUUGUGUUACAAGGUCUGAAGAAACAAAUUGGUCGUGCUAUUUGCAGUGCAGAUGACGUCUAUGUAACAGCAUAAAAUUGUUCUCACUUCAAUGGGUCCUGGUUCCUUUUCAUUUCUGCUCUGUUAUAAACAGUUUACUACUGUGAGAAGUGACAUUUAAGUUGAUGAUUCAGCAUCUUGUUCCCAUGGUGAUAACACUAAUAUAUCUAUGAGGGCAUGUCUUAGUUAAAAAUGGCAAAAAAAUAAGUCACACUAACAAUACAUAGCUGCAACGUGUACAAUGGCUGAUUUAAUUAAAUAAAGUGUUCAAUGUACAAAUAAA